CCGGCCGCUAUGGAGGCUGGCAGGGCUGCGGUGCUGCGCGUGAGGCGGAAGCGCAGCGCCGAGCCCGCCGAGGCUCUAGUGCUGGCUUGCAAACGCCUUCGGAGCGGCGAGGUCGAGUCGUCCUCCCAGAAGACGCCGGAGGGUCCGGAGAGAGCGGCGGAGAAAAAUGUCUUCCAGUUGGUUGCUACCGUGCGCUCGCAGGAGGAGCCCAUCCAGCCGCUCGUGCGGGCCGCCCUGUGCCCGCCCCGAAGCAGCCAGCAGCGCAUCCGCCGCGAUGCCCGCGCCUCGGUUCGAGAGCUCAGGAAGGAGGGCCGCUACCGGGUCGUCUCCAGCCACCGGGCCUCAGGGACCUCUGGCAGCCUGGAGUCUGAGUGCGCGUCGGGGAACGAAGAAGCCGUCGGGGACUCGGGCUUCCAGUUGUUGGACCUGGUCCACGAAGAGGGAGACCCGGACGCCGCUGCCACGGACUGCUGCGAACCCUCUGACCCGGAUGUGAUCCUCUGCAACUCUGUACAGUUGAUCCGUGAGAGGCUGACUGUGUCUGAGGAUGGACCAGGAGUCAGGCACCAGGAGGAGCCCAAGUACGAUGACUACGUGUACGACAUUUACUGCAUAGAGAUGGCCGCGUCAGGGUGGAUAGAGAACAUCCUGUCUGUGCAGCCCUACAGCCAGGAGUGGGAGCUGGUGAAUGAUGAUCAGCAACCAGAAGACAUUUGUGAAGAUGAAGAUGAAGAUGAUGAGAACAGUGAGAAUAAUUGGCGUAAUGAGUACCCAGAGGAAGAGAGCAGUGAUGGAGACGAUUCCAGAGACUCUGAAGAAUACAACAGCCUCAGUGAGGAGGAAGGAGGCAGCAGACGACUAGUAUGGAGCAAGUACCCUUCCGAUGUACAGAAAGAGUUUGGCUAUGACAAUCCCCAUGAUCUGGAUUCAGACUGAUGGUCUUGUGAUGCCCACAGGUUAGGAUUUCUAACUGAACAUGUGGAAGGAAAAACUAACAUCUCAGCACAAUGAGAGUUUAAGUUCAAGGAGUCUCUUCCACUCACAGCAAGGCUCCUUGGCCUCAAUGAAAAGUGGCCAAUGAAGGUGGGCAUGCUGGUUCAUGCCUGUAAUCCCAGUACUUAGAAGACUGAAGCAGGAGGAUCACUAAAACUCAAAGCCAGUCUGGGCUGCAUAUAUAGAUAUAAGCUGGGCCAGCUUGGACUAAAGAGUAAGACCCUGCCUCAUAAAAACAAAACAGUUGAGCAGUAAGUGAUCCUACAGCGUGAAAAAAAAAAAUAUAUGCUAUGAAUAAAAAUUCCUUUCACUUCCAACACAGGCAUUUUUCCUGGUAUCCUGCUUCUCCUGUGCUCAGGCCUGAGGGAGAAGUGUGGGGAGAGGUUCCUGUUUCGUCUCAUCAGCAGUAAGGUUUUACUUCUACCACCAGAAAUGCCUGCCUCUAGUGAAAGCUUGUUCCCUUUGAUAGAGGCCAUCUAGAAUGGCAACAGUGGGUCCCUUGCAGUACCACAGCCUGGACAGCAGUGGCUAUUAGGCAGAAACUAGAAUCUGAGCUGUGGGGUUUUCUUGUUUGGGGCUGUGAUAAUGGUUGUAAAGAUUGCUCUUCUCCUUUGGCAGUGAUCCCGAGGAACAGUGUGUGAAUAUGAUCUUCUUAAUAAAAACUAAUUUUUUAAA